AUGGAUUUGAAACGGUUUAAUUCAGGAAUUCUGAUCGUCCUUUUAGUAUAUGGCUCAGCCAACACAGAAAAAUCUAGAAAGAAAAGCCAAGCAGAAAGCCAAACAUCGCCUUGCGGAAGCCAACUACUAUGCAAGAGAUUAACUGCCACUGUUGCGGAUAACGUAAAGCCUGAGAAAGCGCCGCAAUCCAAUGUAGCAAGCUCGACACCAGCUGUUGUAAAAAAGAGCCCAAUUGUCAAUAAGGAAUGGACCGAUAAUGAUAUUGUAACAUUAUCAAAGCUAAUGAAGAAAUAUCCUGGUGGAACUCGCCAUCGGUGGGAAACUAUUGGAGAAGAAAUGAAUCGUCCAUCUUCGCAGGUUGCUACUAUGGCUCAAAAAAUGAAAUCGAGUCUUGGUAAAAUAAAAUCUCCUACAGUAACCGAUAAGAUUCCAAAUGCAAAUACACCAUCUGAAAAUGACAAAAAAGAAGAAGCUGAAAUAGCCAACAUCACCCAAAUGGGUAACUCUGAGGAAAAAAUUAGCCAAUGGUCUCCACUACAAAGCGAUCAACUGGAAGAAGCACUGAAAGAAUAUCCGGAAGAAAUCGAAGAUCGAUGGGAUUUAAUCUCAAUGCUAGUGCCCCAGAAAACUAAAGAGGAAUGUAUGAGCAGAUACCUGGAGAUAGGGGAAAAUCUUAAAAAGCGCCAUGUCAACAAUAAUUCAAACGAUGAAGACGCUGAUUAG